AUGGUGAACAUAACUUUCGACUCCUCCGAGGACAUCGUGUACGACAUCAAUGGUACCACGGGCGUUUACAACCUUGGUGACAUUGCCUGGACACUCGCCUCCACUGCUCUGGUGUGGAUCAUGAUUCCAGGCGUUGGUUUUUUCUACUCGGGCCUGUUGCGCAGGAAAAAUGCUCUGAGUAUGAUCUACCUGAGUAUGAUGACGGUAGCCGUGGUCUCAUUCCAGUGGUUUUUCUGGGGUUACUCUCUCGCUUUCAGCGACGGUGCGAGUCACUUCAUUGGCGACCUCAGAUAUUUUGGUUUGAAGGGUGUUCUCGAACAACCCUCCAUAGGUAGCAGUCGCGUCCCUGCUCUCGUAUUCUGCGUCUUCCAGCUUAUGUUUGCUGCUAUCACCCCGAUGCUUGCUAUUGGUGCAGUCGCUGAACGUAGCCGUCUAGGACCUUUACUGGUCUUCGUCUUCGUUUGGUCAACACUUGUAUACGACCCCAUCGCUUGCUGGACUUGGAAUUCGAAUGGUUGGUCAGCGCGCCUCGGUGGACUCGACUUCGCCGGCGACGCCGUGGAUAUGGAACCUGAGAGACUUGCCUACAAACCCCACAAUACUACUUACGUCGUCAUCGGCACAGUCUUUCUCUGGUUCGGCUGGUUCGGCUUUAAUGGCGGCUCUGCUCUGUCUGCCAAUCUCCGUGCCACCAUGGCCUGCAUCGUCACUAAUUUGGCCGCGAGCGUUGGCGGUCUGACCUGGAUGCUGUGGGACUGGCGUUUGGAGCGCAAGUGGUCUGUCGUUGGCUUCUGUUCUGGUGCUAUCGCUGGUCUUGUCGCCAUCACCCCGGGUUCUGGCUUCGUCGGCGCCCCUGCAGCUGUUCUGUUCGGUUUCAUGGCCGGCACGGUGUGCAACUUUGCCACACAGCUCAAGUUCAUAUUCAAGUAUGAUGACACACUCGACAUUUUUGCAUCUCACGCAAUUGGUGGUGUCGUUGGCAACGUUCUGACAGGUCUUUUCGCGCAAGCUAGCGUUGCUGGUGCAGACGGUGUCACAGUUAUCCCUGGUGGUUGGCUUGACCAUCACUGGAAGCAGCUUGGCAUCCAAUUGGCGGACUCGGUUUCUGGCAUGUCCUAUUCUUUUGUUGUGACUACCAUCAUCCUAUGGGCUAUGCAUUAUGUCCCCGGCCUCCGUCUCCGUUGCGACGAAGAGACCGAGAUUAUCGGCGUCGACGACGCCGAGAUGGGCGAAUUUGCUUACGACUACGUCGGGCUUGACACCGAGAUCCCCAUUCGGGGAGAGUACAAUAGUACCCCGACUGCCACUGGCGGAUCCCGUGAGCCUCCUCAUUCUCAAAGUUUGCAAGAGAGCGAGCUGGAAAAGGUCACCCCUGCAUAA